UUAUGUAUGUAUUAACUAGUGACGACCCACAGGAACGGGACAAAAAAAACAUGGGGAGAAUGUCAAAGAUAUUUUAGUAAAAACUCUCCGUUUUUACUCAAGAAAAGGAUGAUUCGGUAUGUCCCGGGUGGAAUAGGGAUUACAAAGGCCACUGCGUGUGUAGCGCGUAGCUAAAUGGAGUCGGAGCAGCUCUUCAACAGGAACGGCUACUACAGGAACGGCUACAACAGUAUCACCAGRGCCAGCAGCGACGAGGAGCUGCUGGAUGGCACAGGGGUUGUCAUGGACUUCCACACCUCCGAGGAUGACAACCUUCUGGAUGGAGACACCACCUCACCAGGAUCUAACUACYUCAUGUCUAACGGGGGAGGGGUGGUGAGCAGCACCACCCACCUGCUGGACUUCCUGGAGGAGCCCAUCCCGGGGGUCGGCACCUACGAUGACUUCCACACCAUCGACUGGGUCCGGGAGAAGUGCAAGGACCGCGAACGCCACCGCAAGAUCAACGCUAAGAAGAAGGAGUCUGCAUGGGAGUUCACCAAGAGCCUGUAUGAUGCCUGGUCUGGAUGGCUGGUAGUGACGCUGACAGGACUGGCCUCAGGUGCCCUGGCGGGUCUGAUCGACAUCUCUGCUGAUUGGCUGAACGACAUCAAGGAGGGGGUGUGUCUGAAUGCCAUGUGGUUUAACCACGAGCAGUGCUGCUGGGGCUCCAACGAGACCACGUUCGCUGAGAGGGACAAGUGUCCUCAGUGGAAGAGCUGGGCGGGGCUCAUCCUGGGCCAGGAAGAGGGUCCUGGUUCCUACAUCAUGAACUACUUCAUGUACAUCUACUGGGCUUUGUCCUUUGCCUUGCUGGCUGUGUUACUGGUUAAGGUGUUCGCCCCCUACGCCUGUGGCUCAGGCAUACCUGAGAUAAAGACCAUCCUGAGUGGGUUCAUCAUCCGGGGUUACCUGGGGAAGUGGACCCUGCUGAUCAAGACGUGACACCGGGCUGCUGUGCGUGCUGGAGCCUGGGGAAAGAGGGACUCCCUGGUCCAUGUGCCUGCUGCUUGGAAACAUCUUCUCAUACCUCUUCCCAAGUACAACAAGAACGAGGCCAAGAAGAGAGAGGUCCUAUCUGCAGCAUCAGCGGCUGGGGUGUCUGUGGCUUUUGGUGCUCCCAUAGGCGGAGUACUCUUCAGCUUGGAGGAGGUGAGUUACUACUUCCCUCUGAAGACUCUGUGGCGCUCCUUCUUCGCUGCGCUAGUGGCAGCCUUCGUCCUCCGAUCCAUCAACCCGUUUGGCAACAGCCGUCUGGUCCUGUUCUACGUGGAGUACCACACCCCCUGGUACCUGUUUGAGCUUAUCCCCUUCAUCCUGCUGGGGGUGUUUGGAGGCCUCUGGGGGGCCUUCUUCAUCAAGGCCAACAUCGCCUGGUGCCGAAGGAGGAAGUCCACCCGCUUCGGGAAAUACCCCGUCCUGGAGGUCAUCUUCGUGGCGGCCAUUACCGCCGUGGUGGCGUUCCCCAACCCGUACACGCGGCAGAACACCAGCGAGCUGAUAAAGGAGUUGUUCACUGACUGUGGGCCGCUGGAGUCGUCCCAGCUGUGCCAUUACAGGAGUCAGAUGAACGGGAGUAAGGCGUUUGUGGAUGCGUCGCCUAACAAGCCGGCGGGGCCCGGGGUGUACACAGCCAUGUGGCAGCUGUGCCUGGCGCUCGUCUUCAAGAUCAUCAUGACAAUAUUCACCUUCGGACUCAAGGUUCCGGCAGGCCUAUUCAUCCCCAGUAUGGCCAUCGGGGCGAUUGCCGGGCGGAUUGUUGGCAUCGCCGUGGAGCAACUGGCAUACUACCACCACGACUGGUUAGUGUUCAGGGAGUGGUGUGAGGUAGGCACCGACUGCAUCACCCCGGGACUCUAUGCCAUGGUGGGGGCUGCUGCAUGUCUGGGUGGUGUGACGAGGAUGACCGUGUCUCUCGUGGUUAUUGUGUUUGAGCUGACUGGCGGUCUGGAAUACAUUGUGCCCCUCAUGGCGGCCGUCAUGACCAGCAAGUGGGUGGGCGACGCCUUUGGGCGUGAGGGCAUCUACGAGUCACACAUCCGCCUCAACGGGUAUCCUUUCCUGGACGCCAAGUCAGAGUUCACACAUACCACGCUGGCGCGGGAGGUGAUGCGCCCGCAGCGUAGUGAUCCGCCGUUAGCGGUGCUGACGCAGGACGACCUGACGGUGGAGGAACUCCAGGUGAUCAUCAACGAGACCAGCUACAAUGGCUUCCCUGUCAUCGUCUCCAAGGAGUCUCAGAGACUGGUGGGCUUCGCCCUGCGCAGGGACYURACCAUCGCUAUAGAAAACGCACAGCGAAAGCAGGAGGGUAUCCUGCUGACCUCGCGGGUCUAUUUCACGCAGCACGCCCCCACCCUGCCCGCCGACAGCCCGCGGCCCCUCAAGCUGCGCUCCAUCUUGGACAUGAGCCCCUUCACCGUCACUGACCACACGCCUAUGGAGAUAGUGGUGGACAUCUUCCGCAAGCUGGGCCUCCGCCAGUGUCUGGUGACACACAACGGGCGUCUCCUUGGUAUUAUCACAAAAAAAGAUAUCCUUCGUCAUAUGGCCCAGUUGACCAACCAAGACCCCGACAACAUAAUGUUCAACUAGUCACCUCCUUCCCAGGUCGUCACGACGAUGAGGAGGAGAGCGAGGAGGAGGUGGUGCACCUACUGGAGGGUCGAGGCUCCUCUCUAUGACACACAGCCCCCCCGACCCUCCCACCCCAUGGAACCCUGUCCCUAACCAUACUGACUGAGCCCCACAGAGCCCUAGUGGCCACAGGAAGGAAGAGACAGACAGACUAAAGGGACAUUAAAUGGCUGUUUUGAAGGAUGUUCCGGCCACAAAGUCGCAGCUACUACGGACUGGGACAUAUAUACUCAAGGAACGCACUUUUAACACACACACACACACGCUCACACAAACACAGAUGCCACACAAGAGCACACACUUGACCAAUUGGACCUCCUACACACACCUUUCAAGCUCCUCCACCCUUGUCCUAUUGGUUUAUACUAGCAGACAUGGCUGUGAGCCUGAUGCCUGGCUGCCAGGGUGAGAGGUCAGAAUGAUCCUGUAGGACCCAAGGAGGGACGUUCAGACACACUGAUUGGCUGUCUGCCAGACGCCCUGCCAGGCUCUGACCCCACUGUGUCCCUCCCUCACACCCCGUCCAUCCUUAAAAUAAUUGUUUACCUGUGAACUGUGUGUGAGAGCAAUCAAGAGUGCUUAUGUGUGUGUCACUAGCACCUCAACAUUCCAUUCAGGUUGUUAUAGUAACCCCCCUAAAGACAACCGCUGUCUUGAUAUUAGACUGGGCCUCGAUCCAAGGGAGAUUUGCUUUAAUGUGUGAGGAGAGAGAGCUAGAGGGUUGUCAAGGAUACAAGCAGGAUGUACUGUAGUAGUUGGUUCAUGUCGGAGUGUAUGGAUGUGUGUUGUAGUUCAGUACGUGAAAACAGAUGCAGUGUUGUACAGAGGAGUGUGAUACUCAUCAUUUACAUUCUCCCUGUUGAACUAAAGAACUGUGUGAGCAUGUCCCAUGAGGAUGGAGACCUAGCAACUCUGACAGUGAAGGUGGGCAGAGUUUGUGAAAGAAAAUAUUAAAAAAUGUUGAGUUUUUCUGUUGCUCUAACUGGAGAUAACUUUCUUUUUUUUUUACUAUUGCUACUACUUUUAGUAUUGAUAUCUACAUAAUCAAGUAACGAGACKAAGUCAAGACUGGAAAACUGCACUUUUCUUUCCAAGUGAACACAAUAAAUGAUGUCGAUGGUAAUACUGCACAGUAA